CGUCCCAGGUCCCUGGACUCAUUCCAUACUCUAGCAGCCGCAUCUUCCAACGCCUUUCUCCUAUACCUGCUAUACGGACUACGCUUCGGCGUAUGAUCCCCUUCUAUUGAUAUCCCCUGACUUGAUUGAAUCUCUUAUCUUGUCAUCAUGUCCACUCCCACAACCGGUGCUGCAGCUGUAGACCAGCCAACAGACGCUUCCUCCACCCUCGACCUCGAGGCCGACGAAGAAACUCUCAACGACCAUGUGCGAAGCACUGCCCGAUCGCAGCACAUCACCUUUUACGGUCCUCAACCCCCAGAUGGCACCCGUUCGAUCUAUUCUCCUGUGGACAAACGUUCCCGGAGUCGCGAUACCAUCCGCAGCGCGCGCAGUAUUCCCCAAUCUUCACCAGCAGCCGGUAUCCCAAUCGAGUUCCGUACCAUCUCCUUCCAGAUCUCCGAGUCCCAGGCCGCCCCAGAAAAUGUGCUGAAAGAGCGAAAGGAGGACAAAAAGCCAAACCAGGAUUACUUUGAGAGCCUGGACUUUCAUGUGCUCAGUGCCGACAGGUUGUGUCAGCAGUUCAAUGUCGACACCAACCAAGGCCUGAGUACCAGCUCGGCCGCGACUCGUCUGCAGCGCGACGGAAAGAACGUCAUCGCACAUCAUGGAGAGAACUAUCUGAAGAAAAUCCUGGGUUAUGUCUUUGGUGGAUUCUGCUCUGUUCUCUGGAUUGGUGUCAUCAUCUUCUUUCUGUGCUGGAAGCCUCUCAGCAACCCUCCUUCUGUCACCAAUUUGGCCAUGGCCAUCCUGGUGAUUAUCGUCAUUGUCCUGCAGGCCUCGUUCUCUGCUUUUCAGGAUUGGUCGACGUCGCGUGUGAUGAAAUCGAUUCUGGGUCUGUUGCCUGCGGAAGCACUGGUCCUGCGCGAGGGGAACCUGAUCCGACUACCGGCUACCGACCUAGUCGCCGGCGAUGUUGUUCACAUUUCCAUCGGUAACAAAGUGCCUGCUGACAUGCGCAUCAUCAAGAGCUCAGGGGAUGUUCGAUUCGACCGGUCCAUCCUGACGGGCGAGUCCGACGAGGUCGAGGGUGCCACCGAUGCCACGGACCAGAACUUUCUUGAGACUCGCAACAUUGCUUUUAUGGGUACUAGUGUCACCAAUGGCAAUGCUGUUGGUGUUGUUGUCCUCACUGGCAGUCGGUCGGUCAUGGGGCGUCUGGCGUCGAUCACAGCGGGGGUGAAGGAAAAGCCAACACUGAUUCAAAAGGAGAUUACUCGCUUCGUGCGGAUUAUCGUGGUGCUCACAGUCAUCCUAGCGGCUCUUAUCCUCUUCACGUGGGUUGGCUGGCUGCGGGUUGACCACCCUGCAUUUAUGAAUGUCGUGGAGAUGCUCAACGACGUUAUGGGUUGCGUGGUCGCCUUUAUCCCUGAAGGAAUGCCGGUUGGCGUUGCCCUCACACUGAUGAUCGUUGCGAAAAGGAUGAAGGCCAAUAACAUCCUACCCAAAGGACUGGCCACCGUGGAGACCCUGGGCUGCGUGAAUGUCAUCUGCUCGGACAAGACCGGCACACUGACACAGAACAAGAUGUUUGUGCAGUCCGUUGGACUCGUCGACCAGGAAUACGGAGUGGAGGAUCUGGUGAACGCGCAGCAAAAGGCAGUUCCACUUCCUGAGCCCCUUGAGCCGCUGCUUCGAGGCUCCAAGCUUUGCAACGACGCCUUCUUCGACCAGGAAACAAUCAAUUAUCCUAUCAAUGAGCGGGUCGUCAACGGAAAUGCAACUGAUGCGGCUGUUUUGCGGUUGGCCGAAACCCUGGGACCAAAUGGAAAGAGUGGUCUCCAUGCAUUUGAACGCAUCCAUCAGAUUCCCUUCAACUCGAAGAACAAGUGGAUGCUCACUGUGCACAAGAACCCGGCUUCGUCGACCCACCAUCUGGUCUAUGUCAAAGGUGCUCCGGAUGUACUUCUCCCGAAGUGCACUGCGUACUGGUCCCGAGACGGAGUGUCCAAGCCUCUAGAUGCUACCGCCAGAGAAAUGUUUUCUGCCUUUCAACAGAAGCUAUCCCGACGCGCCCAACGAGUGAUUGUGCUGUGCCAACGCGAAUAUGUCUCAUCUGCUGCGGUGGGCACCAAUCAGUUUAACGAGGAGAUCUUGGCCAACGGCGUGCAGAACCUGACGAUUAUCGGCAUCUUUGGCAUCAUCGACCCUCCUCGUCCAGAGAUCCUUGGCACCGUGGCGGCCUGUCGUCGGGCUGGCAUCCGCUUUUUCAUGGUGACAGGUGACUUUGGCCUGACUGCUGCCGCGAUUGCUCGAGAGAUUGGCAUUUUCACCGGGACUGCCGAGCCUGAUUCCGUUGCGAAUCUCUUGUCGGUAACCCAUGGGGAGAAAGGCCAAGAAACGUCGAGACGUAGUCUGAUGGUGGAAGGAUCUCAAAUCUCUACCCUCAACGAGGACCAGUGGAAUGCCAUCUGCCAGUAUGAGGAGAUUGUCUUUGCCCGCACCACCCCGGAGCAGAAGCUUCGCAUCGUGGAGGAGCUCAAAGCCCGCGAUAGCGUCGUGGCGGUGACAGGCGACGGAGUGAACGAUGCCCCUGCCUUACGCGCAGCUGAUAUCGGAAUUGCCGUGGUGUCCGGUAGCGACGUGGCCAUUGAAGCAGCAGAUCUGGUGUUGCUCGACCGAUUCGACUCCAUCGUCGAAGCCAUUCGCCUGGGCCGACUAGUCUUCCAGAACCUUCAAAAGGUCAUUGCCUAUCUACUCCCAGCCGGCAGUUGGUCCGAGAUCUGGCCCGUGUUGAUGAACGUCUUCUUUGGGGUGCCCCUACCACUCAGCUCCUUCCUAAUGAUCAUCAUCUGUGUCUUCACCGACCUCUUCCUCUCCCUCUCUCUGAUCAUGGAAAAAGAAGAAUUCGACCUCCUCAGCCUCCCCCCUCGCAACCACAAAACCGACCACCUCAUCAACCUCAAAAUCUACGGGCAAUCCUACCUCUUCGUCGGCAUCAUGGAAGCCUUCUGCGCGCACAUCAUGUUCUUCCUCUACAUGUACAAAAAAGCCGGCAUCCCCUUCCACGCCCUCAUCUUCGCCUUCGAAAAAUACUCCGACGGCUUCUACGGCUACACCGAAGCCGAACUCACCCACUUCAACUACGUCGGCCAAAGCGUCUACUUCGUGACGUUGGUAAUCAUGCAAUGGGGCAACAUCCUCUCCGUGCGCAGCAAACGCAUGUCCAUCCUGCAAGCCGAUCCGAUCCGCAAAGACCGACGCAACCCGUGGCUGUUCCUCGCUAUGGUAGUCUCCUUGGUGAUUGCGAUCUUCGUGACCGAAGAACCGGGCCUGCAGUCAUUGUUUAAUACGGCGUCGAUCCCGCUCGAGUUCUGGUUUAUUCCGUUGGGGCUGGCGUUCGGGGUGUUGGUCAUGGAUGAGUUGAGGAAGGUGUUGGUGAGGAUGUUUCCGGGGGGGAUUGUUGCCAAGAUUUCGUGGUGAGAAGCCACGUUGAUUGA